AUGCCCACUCUUGGGCUUGGUGUCUACCUGAACGAGGAAUGCGCGGACGCUUGUAAAGUUGCCCUUAAAAAUGGUUACCGAAUGAUUGACUCGGCGCGGUUCUAUGAGAAUGAAGUUCAGGUCGGUGUUGGGGUCGGGCAAAGUGGUGUUAAGCGCAAAAACAUCUUUAUCACCUCCAAGGUCUUCCACAGUGAUUUUACCUACGAUCGCACGAUGGCUGCUGUGAAAGACUCGGUUGCGAACCUUGGAUCAUGCAAGUCUUCGUAUUAUGAUUUAUACCUCACCCACAGUGCCCUGGGAGGCAAGGAUGCACGCCUUGCCGCCUACAAGGCUCUUUUGGACGCCAAGGCGGACGGGCUAAUCAGAUCUGUCGGUGUCUCCAAUUACGGAGCAAAGCACAUAGAAGAGAUUCGCGAGGCUGGUCUAGAGAUGCCUGUUGUGAACCAAAUCGAGUUACAUCCAUUCUGCCAGCAAAAACCCAUUGUUGAAUAUUGUCGCAAGAACAAGAUUAUUGUUCAGGCAUACUCCCCGCUUGUGCGUGGUGCUCUGGACAACACAGUCAUCCAAGAACUUGCCGCAAAGUACUCCAAAGAUGCUGCUCAAAUUCUUAUCAGGUGGUCUUUGCAACGAGGAUUUGUGCCUUUACCCAAAUCCUCGCAGCCCCAUCGUAUCAUAUCCAACAACCAAGUAUUCGACUGGAACAUCGAACUGACGGACAUGGCCAAACUUGACGCGCUGGAUCGGGGGAAGGAGGGCGCAGUUACCUGGAAUCCAGUCGACGUCGAUUGA